GGCUUCAGUGAGCUUCUGUGUGCCAUCUCAGCGAGGUGACGCUGAGGACAUCUGCCCCUAAAAGACGCAAAGAGUCUUUCGCGCGCAGCCGCCACUUCCUGAUUGCUCUGCCCUUACCUAAGAUGGCGGCCAGUUGCCUUCGGCCCGGCUUACUGCGGCUGCUCAGUACACUGCCGGCGCAAACAGGUCUACAGCCCUCCUGAACCGCGGAGGUGAAUCCUGGGACGCAGCGUGUCUCCGCCCCGCGGUGCAGCUAGGGGGUGUGCUUUGGGGGCAUAGGGGCUAGCUAAGGAGGAGCAGGACCCAGGGUCGUGCUGCGAUCUGCCUUUCCCUCGCUUCCUGGCACCAAGGCUGCACGAGCCCAAGGGUGAUUUCUUUUCCCCCUUGGGCCCAAUAUGAUACUAACCAAAGCCCAGUACGAGGAGAUAGCCCAGUGCCUAGUGUCUGUACCGCCCACCAGGCAGAGCUUGAGGAAGCUGAAGCAGAGGUUCCCCAGUCAAUCGCAGGCCACUCUGCUGAGCAUCUUCUCCCAGGAGUACCAGAAACAUAUUAAAAGAACACACGCCAAACAUCACACUCCAGAAGCGAUUGAAAAUUAUUACCAGAGGUACCUGAACGGCGUGGGGAAAAACGGAGCAGCCCCUGUGCUCCUGGAGCUAGCCAAUGAGGUGGACUAUGCACCCUCAUUAAUGGCUCGGAUUAUCCUGGAGAGAUUUCUACAGGGGCAUGAACAGACUCCACCCUCCAAGUCUGUUAUAAAUAAUAUGCUACGGGACCCUUCUCAGAUUCCAGAUGGAGUUCUAGCCAACCAGGUCUAUCAGUGCAUUGUGAACGACUGCUGUUAUGGACCGCUGGUGGACUGCAUCAAGCAUGCUAUUGGCUAUGAGCAUGAAGUCCUGCUGAGAGACUUACUUCUGAAGAAAAACCUGUCCUUCCUAGAUGAAGAUCAACUCCGUGCAAAGGGCUAUGACAAAACACCAGACUUCAUUUUACAGGUGCCAGUUGCUGUGGAAGGGCACAUAAUUCACUGGAUUGAAAGCAAAGCCUCAUUUGGUGAUGAAUGUAGCCACCACGCCUACCUGCAUGGCCAGUUCUGGAGCUACUGGAAUAGGCCUUGCUGAUCAAAUUGUGGAUGUAACAGCUUCACAGACUGAACUUUCAGUCUCUUGAGAUCUUCAGCAUCUUUCCUCAGAGUAGAAAUACAACUGUGCCUUGCUCUGCGACCUCAUGAAUGGGCUCUCACAGGGGAUAGCACUGCUUUCAGCCUUUCCCAACCCUGACUUCUAAGGCUUGCUACUGUUCAAAAGGCUAGCUAGAAAUGUUUUUGUGUUCACUUGAAAGGUAAGGGAGGAGUGCCAGUGUGGGGGCAUAAUGUGCCAUUAAGGUUGAGGGGACAGAUUUAAGCUAACAGGGAAAAGUCCCAGACCUAUUUUCCUGUGAAAGUUUGCUAGCAAAGUCCUUGGGCAAAUUUUAACCCACCUCACUCCCCUGUGUGUGCCACCGGGUUCAAAAGCAGGCUAGACUAACAGAGCAGCUAGGCAGAGGUGCCCUGCAUUACUGUUCUGUCUGCCCUUCAACUGUUCAACCAACAUUUGGCCUUGCUCCACCAAGUUCCAGUACUGAUGGAGACAGGGUUCCUCCUUCAUAGAGCACACUGCCUAGUGAGAUAUAGAAACGUGAAACACUGGUAAACAUAUAACAGUAACCUCUUCUGAACUCGACAUUAAUAGAGCAGUCACCUUCUCAUUUUGUGUCUGAAUCCCAUAGAAUCACAAAUCCUGUAACUCCAAGGAAAGUCCAUACAUCCACAUUGGUUUUAUUUUACCAUAUAUCUACAUUUAAUAUUUUCAAUGAAAGCUAUACAGUCAUUGUUAUUGGAAGGCUUUAGACACAUUAGGAGUUUAAACUUUUUCAUAUUUAAUAUACAGUGAAUAUCUAGACUCACCCAAUUGUCCUAACUAACUGGUCAUAUUUGUUUCUUAUAAUCAAAAUGCAUUAUAUGCUUGUAUGAAAUGCUCAAGGAAUUAAUAAAAAUAUUUUUAAAGCAAUAAUGGAUCUAUUUUUGCAAUACUUUUUAUAAUGGACAGAGAACGUGAAGUUUCUCUGCCUUUGGUAUUAAUUUUAUGCUAUUUAGUUUCACUGGUUGGACAAGGGCUGCAGCCAAGCCAACCACACUUGAAACAAAGGUCUUUUGCAAGCACAAGACACUCACCAGUUACUUCUGAUAUCAGCCUGCCUUGGCCUCAGCCCAGCCUGUUAGUUCAAACCCUAAAAAUAAACACCUAUUACUUAGCUAAUGGCAACAUGAGUGGACCAGUCCUCUGACUGAAGGACCUAGGCUAACAUCAGUCAGUGGCUCCUCCGGUCACCGAGGAUGAGAUGGGAAGCAGUCGGGAAUGUCUCUGCAAAAAAAAAAAUCUCAACCUUAACAAACUGUUUAAAGUAAGUCCUUUACGGCUCUCCACAUUGAUGGUUGGCUUUUCACUUGGCGAAAUCCAAGCGCUACCUGAACCUGCUGCUUUGUGGGCUCCAUCCUGGAGGCAGCUGGUGAGGCAAAGCUGCAGGGUCCUUCAGUGUCCAGGGCCAGCUCCGCCUUGUCUGACUUUUAAUCAAAAAAACAAUCAGAAGGGAACUCAGGCCUGGAAGUCCUUAUCAUCAUAAAAUCCAGCUAAUGACUCCUUGUGAAGUUCAAUAAAGUUGCCAUGUAACUCACUAAAGGAAACUGUUCGUCGUUCACCUUGUGCCCACUGAACUUCUCAAGGCAUACAAAUCAGAGGAACCCUGUGGAGCCUCAGGAAACUGUUUAUAUAUACAUACUUUGUCUCAACCACUCAGGAAAAUUGAGCCUGCAGUAUAGUUUCCAGGGUUUUUUUGAAUGGCAGUCUCUUUUUUUCUGUAUGUGGUGGGAGUAGGGAGGAGAUAGUUUGUUUUAGUGUAUACAUUUCUUUAAUGUGUUUACCCCCAAAUAAGUGAGCUGCAGUAGAUACUUUGGCCCCACACAAAGUAAAUAUUUAACUCAGGGAUUCCACACAGAAAUGAGCCUGGAGUAUUUGGGUUUCGAGCAGGAGGACUGCCCUUGGGCAGAAAGGGCUGCCAGCGGUCCUCGGUCAUUGAUGGGCUCCUUGGCCCUCAGCCACCUUCCUCUGUGGUGUCAGGCCCCGUCCUCAUCAUCCCCGCCCCCGCACACCUGUCCAGCUGUGUUUUCUCAAGGCUCCCCAUCUUGCUCUAGUGUUAAUCUUGUGUGCUCAUCCACAUCUGCAUCUCUGUGCCUUUGCAGUGUCUUCCCUUCUUAUCCCCCCUCACCCCUGCCCUCAGGACUUUCUCUGAAGACCACCCCACCCUACCCCACCUCACCCCCUCUCGGCUCUCCCGGGCCUUUCCAGAUAAAGUGAAGAUUCUUUCUUCUGGCCACAGAAUAGAUGUUUUUAAAUCUAUCUCCCUUUAUCAUAGUUUCUGAACCUGCCCACACUGCUGGGAGCCCCCGGGAAGGCAGGGUCUAUCCUUAUGUUUCAGUUCCACCUGGCAGCUUCCUUGGGAAGGCGGAAGACCACACUCUCCCGGUUUACAGAUGAGGAGAUGGGAGCUAGCCAUUGUCUGCAGGUGGGAGGUGGAGUUGGUUCAUCUAGGCAUGCCCAUUGCUUCUGUGCGAUCCUUUCUGGUCUCUGUGUGUGAUUUUUGAGCACGUCACCCCUGACAGCCUCAGCUUCCUCCGCUGUCACAUCAGAAGAAUGCAAUCCAGACCAGCUGUGGCACUGUACAGCUGUGGAAAUAGAGUGAGAGUGACGAAGCACUGUGCCAUCAGCAGCCAAUCAGUGGAGCCAGGGUCACCAGCCCUCAUCCUGUCCUUUGAAUGCAGGCAAGCAGGGUUCGGUACUCACUCUGGGUCCUACAACAGUUACUCUGAAAAAGAGAAGUGGGGUUCUAUCUCUGUAUUUCUUUCCUGCAUUUCUCUGACAGAACAAAUUCAUUAGCCUCAAGGAAAAAGGAAGCUUUAGACGUCAGUUCUGGCCACUGAGUUCCCUAAGACCUCACUGUGUCACACCCUCCACCCCAAGGCCAUCUUCAGUGUCCCAAAAGUUUCCUGUGUUCUGUCAGGGACAGGGCUAAUCCCAAACUUCAACUAUUACUGUUUCUCCAAUUAUCUGGAGAUUUUAUUGUUAUUUUUAAUCUCCCUUCUAGAGACCCUAAAUAAUACUUUUUAAAUGCGUCCUUAGACUGCAACACUUGGGAGAGCAGGCCCUGCACCUUGCCUGGGCAGCACAGUAGAGCUCACCCUGUUGUCAGAGGUGUGGGUGAGCCAGCCCCAGUGUUGCAAGCAGGGAAGAGAUGCUCCCACCAUCAAUACCUGAGGCAGGUGGAGGAGCUGGCCCUGAGGUCAUAAGAACAGAAGAGGUAGCUAAGUAGUGGUGGCACAUGCCUUUAAUCCCAGCACUCAGGAGGCAGAGGCAGGUGGAUCUCUGUGAGUUCAAGGCCAGCUUGGUCUACAGAGCAAGUUCCAGGACAGGCUCUAAAGCUACACAGAGAAACCUUGUCUCAAAAA